AUGGACUCCGAUAUGGAUAGCAGCGACAAUAAUACAAUUAAAAAUGAGCUAAGCCAAAGUCAAAAUCCCGGGCACGCUAGCUGUGCUUCCGCCGACAACAUGUCUCAAGACCUCGCCGACGCUCACAUUAUUAUUGCCCGUCUGGACGAGAAGUACCAUGAUUUAGAGGAAAGGAUGGAAAGGCAUAUAAUAAGUCUCAGGGGAGAGAUAAAAAACCUGAAACUUGAACAUUCCCAAUGUGCCGACGUUGCAAGUCUGGUAAACGACUUGAAAGAACGGGUAGGUCGAUUGUCGACCGAAAGCACAACCAACGACGUCCUCAUGAAGAACUACAAGCUUCAUAUCAUGAUAUCAGAACUACAGGAUGAGAUGCAAGAGAAAAAGAAAGACAUGAGUAAACUCACCGAGGAGAACCGGGAAUUACACCAAGUCAUGGAUCAGCAGCGCAUCGAGAUUGACAAUCUUGAGCGAGAACUCGAAGACGUUCAAGAUGAGAACUUUGGUUUGACGCAUGCGCAGGAUGACAUGUCUCAUAGAAUCCAAGAACUCUCGAAGGAGAAUGAUCGAUUGGAAAAGGAAAUUGUUGAGGAGAAGAGGAAAUCGCAGCAUCUUCAAAGCACUUGA